AUGCAGAGGAUAUCCAUAGCUGAGGAAGAAGGUGAUGAGGAUGAUUACUCCGCGUCAGCGUGCGCGAUCAUGCAGCGUCGAAGCUCUAGCCGACGGCAAAGUAGGCGGAAACGACGUCCGUCGUCACCUUUCAGCGUUGAAGCGGAAGCUACUCUCCGCCGGAGAUCCUCCGUUUACACUAUCAGUUCUGGAGAUACUGCUGUUUCAAUAGAGGAAAGCGGCAGCCAAGAGCAGAUAUUCGAGAAACUGAAGAUGCACAAGGAAGUGUUGAGCGGCGUUAAACAACAACCAUGGCCACUCCGUCGCAAGAUCAAGCUUGUGAGACAAGCGAAGUCGUAUGUUCGAAGGCACGAAGGUGUUCUUCAGGAACGCCUUGCCCAAACGAGAAGCACUAAAGACGCCAUCGCGCGUAUUUCGCUUUUCACGACAAAGAUAACAACUAAAUGGCAAUACUUCCGAAGAGAAUUGGUCAAUCUUCAAACAUGGCUAAUCCCCUGGGAACUUCGGAUCAAAGAGAUCGAGUCGCAUUUUGGCUCCGCGGUUGCUUCCUACUUCACUUUCCUCCGAUGGUUGUUUUGGAUCAAUCUCGUCAUGUGUGUCAUCAUUACUGCCUUCGUAGCGAUCCCAGAGGUGCUCACCGCGGAUCCAGCCGCCGCAGGUGAACGGAAGAUCAUGCUCAAAGACGAGAAAAUUAAAUCGAAACAUCUGCUAACACUGUGGGAGUUCGAGGGGAUUUUGAAGUAUUCUCCGUUCUUUUAUGGUUGGUACACCAAUCAAGACUCGAAGAGCGGAUACAGGCUGCCACUCGCUUAUUUCGUCACCAAUUUGGUCAUCUAUGUCUACAGUUUCGUCGCCAUAUUGCGCAAAAUGGCAAAGAAUUCGAGAUUGAGCAAGCUCACCGAGAAAGAGGACGAAUGCAUUUUCUCGUGGAAAUUGUUCACAGGGUGGGAUUUUAUGAUCGGCAAUCCGGAAACCGCGCAUAAUCGGAUGGCCAGCAUCGUCCUUGGAUUCAAGGAAGCCUUGCUCGAGGAAGCUGAGAAGGAAAAAGACGAAAGAAAUUGGAAAGUUAUAUCGAUGAGAAUCUUCGUGAACAUUUCCGUGAUAUCGUUACUGGCACUAUCAGCGUAUGCAGUAGUAAAAGUAGUCGCGCGGAGUGCUCAGGAGUUCGAGCAGAACGACUGGUGGAGGCAGAACGAAAUUACAGUGGUAAUGUCCCUAAUCACGUACUUAUUUCCGAUGUUCUUUGAGAUAUUGGGCCUGAUGGAAAGCUAUCAUCCGAGGAAACAGUUACGCCUGCAACUAGCACGAAUAAUGCUACUUAAUUUAUUGAAUCUCUAUUCACUGAUAAUUGCGCUGUUUGAAAAAAUCGACUCAAUGCAAGACCUACGAGAUCUGCAACCAACGAUCACAAAUUGUUCAUACAAACCCAUCGAGUGCAAUAAUCAGAUCACGAAGUCGCCACACUUCGCUGCGUUAGCAUCCCUGAGUUUAAUACUAGCAGGCAACGUCACUAGUCUACAACACCAAAAUGAAACAACAUUGCCAGAAAAUUCAAUGAUGCCCAAAGGUUUCUACCUGAACCCUAUACUCGACGACAAGUCGCUCGAAGAGAUCUACAAUGUCGGCGAUUAUACUUACUCGGAUUAUAUGUACGAUAUCGACGGGGGAGACUCAAAAACUGUCGAGCAUAAUGAGACGUUAUCUUCGAUAGAGAACAUUUUUCAGGAAGACAAUUUCACAUCGGAAAUUACUAAUACAAACGAAACCACGGACGUUACUCCGAUUCUUGUCGAUAAAGAUUUCAUUGGUACACAUUCUAUCGACUUGAUCGGCGACACUAACGAUACGAUGUUCAACGUGUCAAUGCCUUACGACGAAGCCAGUGAUUCAACUGUGAAUAUAAAUUAUACAACAGUCACGGAUGAGGAUUUGAUUACUAUUUCUUCGUCUGAGGACACUGCUGCAGAGACUCAAGCGACUGAUGAGUACUCUAUUCCUAACAUACUACAAACUGAUACCGAAUCGUCGGUCACGACUACUUUUAUCGAAGAGUCUAAUGAAUACUCGACGGAACAGGUGACAAGCAUUUCCGGCAAUAGUGAUUCUUCAGUCAACUCAAUGAACGAGCAUGUGAUUCCUCUCAAACAAGACUACGAUGUUAGAUGUUUCGAGCAAAUUUGCACGACGACCACGCAGGACACAAUUGCCUCGUCGAAGGUGUUGGACCUGAAAACACGAAAAAAGCUGCGUCGUUUGUGCUGGGAGACGAUGUUCGGUCAGGAACUGGCAAAGUUGACAGUCAUGGAUUUGGUGCUGAUCAUAGUGAGUACGCUCAGUAUAGACUUCUUCCGGGCAGUUUUCGUUCGUUACAUGAACAGCUUCUGGUGCUGGGACCUCGAAAAACAGUUUCCUCAAUACGGGGACUUUAAAAUAGCGGAGAACAUACUUCAUUUGGUCAACAACCAGGGGAUGAUCUGGAUGGGAAUGUUCUUCAGUCCGGGCUUAACUGCACUGAAUCUUCUGAAACUCGGUAUUGUCAUGUAUCUGCGAUCCUGGGCGGUUCUUACAUGCAACGUGCCACACGAAGUGAUCUUUCGCGCCUCCAGGUCCAACAAUUUUUACUUUGCUCUGUUGUUAACGAUGCUUUUCCUGUGCGUACUGCCGGUCGGUUACGCGAUCGUUUGGGUGGAGCCAUCUUGGCACUGCGGCCCGUUUUCUGGUUACAAGAAGAUCUACCAUUUGGCAACCAAACAACUCACGAACUCUCUUCCGGAACCUAUACAAAGAUGUCUGGAUUACAUCGCUUCACCGGGCAUCGUGAUCCCACUGAUCGUUUUAAUGACUCUAAUCAUUUAUUACAUGGUGUCUCUUACCGGAUCCUUGAGAGAAGUCAAUGAUGAUUUGAAGUUACAAUUGCGCCACGAGCGAACAGAAGAGCGACGCAAACUGUUCAAAAUCGUAAAAAAAAGGGAGGAGCUUGUCGACGCGCCGUUCCUAAAAUGGAAAAAGAUGUUGCCGGCCUUGUCUAAACGAUCGACGAGGACCAAAGCACCCAAAGCUGAACCGGAGGAAACUACUGUACCGAUUGAGAACUCGGUUGAACUGCACGGGAGGAAUCGGUCCUCAUCGGAACUGGCAGAGCUAACGGACGUUGAAGAGGAUAUCUUAUUCCAUGAUCAAGUAUGCGCUCAACAUUCCUUGGAAAACAAUUACAAAGAGAAAGGACCAAUUAGGGCGCGUACCGGAGUAACAACAAGGAUUCUACACGACUCCUGGGAAUCUCAAUCCAGCGACUGCGCGGUGAUACCGGAAAUCCGGAUAAACGAAGCCGAGGGGAGAUCGGAGAGUCAUCGCUCGAUUUCUGUGGAGAAUCACGACCCUAGUCGUGCGAAAUAA